CUGAGCUCUUGUUUUUAAAUUCCCUUAGGAAUUUUCUGAGUGGAGAAUUGGCCCUGUAAAUUUCACUCUUGGAUUUCGCAGCCAAACCAAAAAGAAAACAGAUAGGGGUUUCCGAAUUCUUCUUGAAUCAAUCUCAGUUCUCAUAAUCCUAAUUCUCACCCGAUUCCAAAGAAAAGAAAAGAAAAAGAAAAGCGAAUGGAAUCACCUGGAUCUUCGUUUUGGUGCUACAGAUGCAACCGCAUCGUUAGGGUUCCAAUGGUCUCCGAACAAGACCCCACUCUUCUAUGCCCCGAUUGCAAUUCUGGUUUUCUCGAAGAAAUCCGAAACCCUACCCUCUCCCACUCCCGCCGCCGCGACCGCUCACCUUUCAAUCCGGUCAUCGUCCUUCGCGGCGGAAACGACGUCGUCUCGCCCGAAACGCGCAACUUCGAGCUCUAUUACAACGACACCGGUUCAGGUUCCGGUUCAGGAUCCGGUCUUCGUCCAUUACCGGCUGGCGUAACGGAGUUUCUAAUGGGUUCAGGGUUCGACCACUUACUAGACCAACUGGCUCAGCUCGAAGGAACCGCGGUUCGGCUGGACCGGCCCCCACCCCCAGCCGCAUCAAAAGCCGCGAUCGAGUCGAUGCCAGUGGUUAAAAUCAUCGCCAGCCAUAUCCACGCCGAGUCACACUGCACUGUUUGUAUGGAACCCUUCCAAUUAGAUUGCGACGCACGUGAGAUGCCGUGCGGUCACGUGUACCAUUCCGAUUGCAUCGUGCCGUGGCUGUCCGUCCGAAACUCGUGCCCCGUGUGUCGCCAUGAGCUUCCCGCCGACGCCACUGGCGGUGCAGGGGAUGAUACUGUGGGGUUAACCAUAUGGAGACUCCCCGGGGGAGGAUUCGCUGUGGGAAGGUUCAUUGGUGGUAGGGAACUUCCUGUUGUGUACACCGAAAUGGACGGUGGGUUUAACGGCGUUAACGGUGCUCCCAGGAGGAUCUCUUGGGAUUCCUCUGUUGGAAGAUCGAGAGAAAAUAGGGGAUUCGGUGCGGUUCUGCGGAAUCUUGCUUCCUACUUUGGGAGGGUUAGGAGGAAUUUUUCUCGUUCCUCGACGAGAAAUUCUGGUGUCAAUGUAAGAUCUCGCUCUGCCUCAACGGUUUUUUCUAGAUUCAGGGGCUCGUAGUUGAAGUUUGAAGUUUCAGGUUUUAGGAGAAUUGAAAUUUUUAUAAUGGUUUUAGCUUCUUUUUUUUUUUUUAAAGUAUUCAUUUGAGGUUAUAGCUUUGAAAAUUUAUAAUUGUAUGGUUACUGGCAUACUGUAAAUAACUAUACCUGAUAAACGGUUUUCUGGAAUUGCUGAAUUGAACUUUUGCAAGUUAGGGUUUUGAACUUUGCUUGUGGUUGUAAUGAGGUUUAGCCGUUUAGGUAGAAUGGAAGGCGGAAAGAUGAGCUGUUUAGUGUUACUGUAGAAGUAUUUUUUAUGUUUUUAUUUAUUUUUGGUUUUGAAGAAUUCUACUGGUUUUUGUAGUGUGAGAAAUUAAUGCUAGCGAUUUAUGGUGUUUUAUUUAUUUUGAAAUGUGGGUCUGUUGGGUUACGGAAAAUUAUGAUUUUGUUUGUUGAUGUAACAUGGCUUGUUUCUUUGUCUAUAUAGCAUUGGUUUCUUAUGGGUUCGUAUUAGGUGUAAUUAAAUAUUUGUGGGUCUACUUUGUUGGCAUUUGUCUCUUUCAAACUUCUUUUUCCAUGUGAUUGGUUUGGGAAGAUGAAAAUUUCAACCACGGAGUCGCUCAGAUGCUUGAUUCACACAUUUAGGAUGGGGCAAUUGCAUGACCCACCGAUAGAUCACCAUUUGGAAUAAGGUCUUCAACUAUUUCUAUGUAGUUUGUGGCUAGGAGGAUUGUAGUACUGCUGAUGAAAUUGUUAUUCUAGGUAUUGAUUUUAUGUAUGCCUUUAAUGGUCAAAUCUACAGUUAAGAAGCAAUGUUGCAUUUUCUGGUUUUAGGGUGUUUAUUUCGCUGCUAGAUCACUUUGACGUGCAGGUUUCAUCUUUGCUACUAGGCAGAAAAGGAAAUAAAUGCAGGUGACUGGAAUAAAUUUCACCUGUACUUUUCAUAGGUAUUUCUCUUGUAGUAUACUGCUGUUAAUAAUUUGAAAGUAUUGCUUAGAAGAUUGAAGGAAAGUAAUAUGUGAGAACUGAAUUCAAUGAUGCCAGCAGCAUU